GUAUCUUUGCAGGGAAAAAAAAAAAGUGAAAAAAACCGAAUUGGGUAGUUUAAUCCGACACCGUCCCGCCCCGAAGUUCACUUCAAAAUUCGCAUGUGUGAAGAAGCAUCCGUUUCAACAAACAUUCCAUCAUAGCAGCGACUGGAGAAAGGGGUUCGCGCCUUUCUCCAAGAAAAAAUGGAAUUUGGAGCUGAAGAUGAUGACUGGAACUUGACCCCUGAAGAACUCGAUUCCCUCGAGAGAGACGCUGUUCAGAAGAUCGCUCAACUUCAAAGUUCCGCUGCUGCUUCUUCUUCUUCUUCUUCUUCUUCUUCUUCGUACAAUGCCUUUGCUCCUUGUUCUGCUUCUAAUCAAUACCACCGUCACUCUUUUCAAUCCAACACCCACCUUGAUUCGAGUGUCAACAAGGCCAAAAUCAGCAACCCAAACGCCCUUGACUCUGCAUUUCAAUCUUCCCAACUCAAUCCGGUAUUGGGUUCUCGUUCUCGCGGGGUGGAAAGCGCUGCCUCGGCCGGAGUAUUACCUCCAUCAGCUGUGUCAAAAGAACAUGUUGAUGUAGCUGCAAAGGAACUACCUAAGCUUUCUGUCAAAUUUUUUCUUCACAGCAGCGGAAACAUUGGUGCUAAAUUUUCAUAUGAUCAGGCACUGGUAGAAGCUUUCCGAAAGAUCCCUAAAGCCACUUGGAAUGGAAAGGAAAGAUUAUGGAUGUUUCCUAUAUCUAGCAUGUCAGCGGCAGAAAGUGUCCUACGUGAUGUAGUUGGUUUUAAAGUUGAGGUGGAGAACUUAGAUAACCUGGUGCAUCGUGCUAUCAUGGCGGCUUCUCUACUUCCUGAUCUACGAGACAAAUAUAACAAGUUACCUGUCGACAUUGAAUCAAUGCUUUUGCCAUUUCAGCGGGAAGGUGUUAGGUUUAUUUUACAGCAUGGAGGUCGUGCUAUUUUAGCAGAUGAAAUGGGCUUAGGGAAAACUUUGCAGGCUAUUGCUGUGGCUGCAUGCAUUCGUGAAUCGUGGCCCGUUCUCAUACUCACACCAUCUUCCUUACGAUUGCACUGGGCUACAAUGAUUCAGCAAUGGCUAAAAAUUCCUUCAUCGGACAUACAUGUUGUUUUGUCCCAAAAUUGCGGGUCAAAUAAAGGUGGAUUCACAAUACUCUCCUCAAGCAGCAAGAGCAGCCUUCAUCUUGAUGGUCUUUUCAACAUUAUCUCCUAUGAUGUGGUCCAGAAGUUACAGAAUAUUCUAAUGGCAUCGGAGUUUAAGGUUGUGAUUGCAGACGAGUCACAUUUCAUGAAAAAUGCUCAAGCAAAGAGGACAGUUGCUUGUGUGCCCGUUAUACAGAAAGCUCAGUAUGCCAUUCUGCUCAGUGGAACUCCAGCAUUGUCUCGACCAAUCGAACUCCUCAAGCAGCUGGAAGCGUUAUAUCCAAAUGUAUAUAAAAAUGUUCACGAGUAUGGCAACAGAUACUGCAAGGGUGGAACUUUUGGAUUAUAUCAAGGUGCAAGCAACCAUGAAGAAUUACACAAUCUGAUGAAAGCAACAUUGAUGAUCCGCAGGCUUAAAAAGGAUGUUCUUUCUGAGCUCCCUCUGAAGCGUAGGCAACAGGUGUUCCUAGAUUUGGCUGAGAAGGACAUAAGGCAAAUUAGGGCUUUAUUUUGUGAGUUGGAGGUUGUUAAAGGAAAAAUCAAAGCCUGCAGAUCAGAGGAGGAGGUCGAGUCACUGAAGUUUCAACAAAAACAUCUUAUCAACAAGAUAUACACUGAUUCCGCUGAAGCCAAGAUUCCAGCAGUUCUUAAUUAUCUAGAGACUGUGAUUGAGGCAGGUUGCAAGUUUCUGGUUUUUGCUCAUCAUCAGCCCAUGAUUGAUGCUAUAUACCAGUUCUUUCAAAAAAAGAAAGUGAAUUGCAUUCGAAUCGACGGCGGCACUCCUUCAGCAAUGAGACAAGCUCUGGUUUCAGACUUUCAGCAGAAAGAGUCUAUUAUGGCAGCAGUGUUAUCUAUUAGAGCUGGAGGCGUUGGACUAACGUUAACCGCUGCGAGCACAGUUAUUUUUGCCGAGCUUUCUUGGACUCCAGGUGAUCUGAUUCAAGCUGAAGAUCGGGCUCAUAGAAUUGGACAGGUGUCUUCUGUUAACAUACAUUAUCUACUAGCAAAUGACACAGUCGAUGAUAUUAUAUGGGAUGUUGUACAGAGCAAGUUAGAGAAUUUAGGACAGAUGCUGGAUGGGGAAGAGAACACAUUGGAAGUGGCAGUGAAACAACAGCCAAUUACAAGUAGCAGUCCGAAUUCAAAGCAAAAGACUUUAGAUUCUUUUAUUAAACGUUGCAACAAUGCAAGUGCAGAUACCCACUCCAAGUUGAAACUUCCCAGGCACUAAAUCCAUUUAAAUUUUGUGCUGGGGCUAAGAAGGAAGAUCUUUAGAUAUGUUGUUUGCUGAGAUGAGCUUAGUUAGAUUUGUAUAAAAGCCAAAAGUAACCUUUUAAAUUAUGUAUAGUUAGAUUUUUGAUGUUAACAUCUCCAUUUUGUUAUGGGAAACUAGGAGAAGGGUUGAAAACCCCAAUCAACUUAAUGUCAAUUAUAUUGAUAUUUUGACAAAAUA